AUGUCGGACAAGAUGGCGGCGGCCGCGGCCUCCCCUCAGCCGCAGCCGGGCCCCGGCCCGCCGGCGGCGGAGGCGGAGGGCGGGGGCCCGCGCGGUGGCGGGGUGGAUGGGGAGGCUGAAGCGGAGGAGUUCGGGUGCCCGGCGCACUGCUCUGACCUGGCCUGGCGGCAGAACGAGCAGCGCCGCCACGGCCUGUACUGCGACAUCACUCUGGCCUUCGGCGGCGGGCGGCCCGGGGCGGCCCGCGAGUACCGGGCGCACCGCUCCGUCCUGGCCGCCGCUACCGAGUACUUCACUCCGCUGCUCGGGGGCUUCGCGGAGUCGCGGUCGGGCCGUGUGGAGCUGCAGAAGUGGAGCUCGGAGGGAGGCCCCGACCCCGACACGGUGGAGGCCGUCGUCGGCUUCAUGUACACCGGCACCAUCCGUGUCAGCCCCGGCAACGUCCACGAGGUGCUGGAGAUGGCCGACAGGUUUCUACUGACCCGGUUAAAAGAGUUCUGUGGAGAGUUUCUGAAGAAGAAACUCAACCUCUCCAACUGCGUUGCGGUUCACAGCUUAGCCCACAUGUAUUCCUUGAAUCAGCUGGCCCUCAAAGCUCAGGACAUGAUCAGGAGAAACUUCCACAAAGUUAUCCAAGAUGAGGAGUUCUACACCUUGCCCUUUCAUCUCAUCAGAGACUGGCUCUCAGACUCAGAGAUCACAGUGGACUCUGAAGAAAUCCUCUUUGAGACUGUUUUGAAGUGGGUUCAGAAAAAUCCUGAGGAAAGAGAGCGAUACUUUGAAGAUCUCUUUAAACUGCUUAGAUUGUCUCAGAUGAAACCCACUUACCUUACUCGCCACGUCAAGUCUGAAAGGCUGGUAUCGAGCAACGAAGCCUGUGUUAAAUUAGUGUCUGAAGCCGUGGAGAGUCAUGCCUUGCGGUCUGAGAACUUGCAGUCUGGUAAUCUACAACAUUCCACUUGUCCUGUAGCGCUGUUGCCGCGUUUUGGACAAAACAUGGACGUCAUUAUGGUGAUUGGUGGUGUGUCAGAGGGAGGAGAUUACUUGAGUGAGUGCGUAGGGUAUUUCAUCGAUGAAGAUAGGUGGGUAAACUUACCGCACAUACAUAAUCAUCUUGAUGGGCAUGCUGUUGCUGUGACAGAAUCUUACGUUUAUGUGGCUGGCUCCAUGGAACCAGGAUUUGCCAAGACUGUAGAAAGGUACAAUCCAAACAGAAAUAUUUGGGAGCAAGUCUCAAACCUCAUAACCAGAAAGCAUUCUUUUGGCCUUACUGAAGUUAAAGGAAACUUGUACAGUAUUGGUGGACAUGGCAAUUUCAGUCCUGGCUUUAAAGAUGUGGCCAUUUAUAAUCCCGAGCAAGACAAAUGGCUUAACCUGGAGUCAGCACCAAAGAUUCUUCGUGAUGUCAAAGCUGUUUCUGUAGAAGACCGGUUUGUUUAUGUUGCUGCUCGUACCCCAGUUGAUAGUGAUAGCGAAGAUGGAUUGAGGGCGGUUAUUAUCAGAUACGAUGCUGAAACAAGGCAGUGGCAGGAUGUGGAGUCUCUGCCACUCAUUGAUAAUUAUUGCUCUUUUCAGAUGUCUGUUGCUAACACAAACUUUUACCAUACAGCAUCGUGCUGCCCCAAGAGUUACCCUAUAGAUAAUGAGGAAGCCAAGAUAAAGAUCUCUGGCAGGGCCUCGGAUGAAAUACUUGAAAGCUUACCCCCAGAGGUUCUUAGCAUUGAAGGAGCAGCUAUUUGUUAUUAUAAAGAUGAUGUUUUUAUCAUUGGGGGGUGGAAAAACAGCGAUGAUAUUGACAAGCAAUACAGGAAAGAGGCCUAUCGUUACUGUGCUGAGAGAAAGCGCUGGAUGCUUUUGCCUCCUAUGCCUCAGCCUCGCUGCAGAGCAACAGCCUGCCAUGUGAGAAUUCCCUUCAGAUGCUUGCAGGGAACACAAAGAUACCCUAUGCCACAAAAUUUGAUGUGGCAAAAAGAUAGAAUAAGGCAAAUGCAGGAAAGGCAGAUGCAGGAAAUACACCGACACUCCCUAAGCUUACGGAGAAUGCCACGCUCACAGAUUGAGUGCUAGUUUCUGGAAUAUCACUCCUGAUGAAUCUAGGAAAUAACUGUGCUAAACCAUUUUGUUAGGCUUGAUACGUCUUUAUAAGACAUGAGGGUGUUGGUUGGAUUUGCUGCAUAAAACCAGCAUCUUUUCUGUAUUGAAAAUUAAGAAGCUCAGAAAUUGAGGAUGGAUGGGAGUUGAGAAACUAUGUGAAUCCAACAGUAUUACUUAAUGGUGCCCAGGGAAAAACUGCAGCCUGUAACGGGCUGUGAAAUAUCUCCGGGAACAUUAAGUCUGUUAUUUCUCUCUUCAGAUCUUUGUUUUCAAGGAUUUUUGUAGAGUUAAUCUCUAACAGUUCUAUUUUGAAAAUCAAAGAUCUCUGUCUUAAUAGUUCAGUGGUUACAUUUGUGUGUGCUUGAAGGCACCUGUUUUAUUUGCACUUACAUAUUGACAUUCCUUUGAUUCUCUCCUUCUCAGUGACUAAACUUCACAUAUAAUUGGUGUUAGUGUACUUAGCUUUCCCAAGUUGCAGGCAAGUGCAAUAGUUAUACCUAUAUAUGAAAACAAAAGCACAAUCUUUCUUUAUAAAAUUACUUCAGGAUGUUUCUAUGUGUAUUAAAUAUUUUGUAUCUGUAUGUUGUAGAGAGGCUGCAGAGUUUGUUUAUAAACGGAUGAUUGGUACAACACAAGACACUUGCUAAAACAGAGGACUUGAGGCAGUAGAUUUUUUUUCAGGUGUGUCUAAAGAUGCUUUGAGUUUGUCUUUGACAGCUUCAUUAGAAACUUGGGUCAACAAUCAGCCUGAUAAAAGGUGUGAAAACCAGCGAAGUAGCCACCCACCAACAUUAACUAUUCACUUCUAUCAGUGUGGAUUAGUAAGGAUGAGAUUAUUUCACAGUAAUAGAUUGAAACCUGAGCUAUUUGCAGAUCCUUUCACAAACGUUGCACGCGGUUUAAUUCUAGUGAAAAAGUGAUUAGAAGAACCCCCACAAGCCUGCUUCCAGCCUGUCUUUGACAAUCGGUACCCUUUGCCUUCGGUAUACUUUCCCGAGAAACUUAGUAGCACAGUAGCUGUGCUGCAGUGCUCCUUAACACAUCAGCACUUGGUGUUCCUCCUGAAGUGAGAUAGUUGAGUUUUCAUAGUCUCUAAAUAGUUGAAUUUCCCUACUUACUGUGGCGGUAAGAUUUAAGCUGAUUUAAAUACCUUUUGGCGUUUUGAGGUGGUUUUACAUAAACCAGUGCCCUCGUUGGCUCUGGUUUGCUUACUGCUAUACUCCCAAGGAACAGAAUGUGGAAUAUUUCCUUUAGAGUAUCACUGCCUCUCAGUUAACUGUCCUGCUGAACACUCCUUCUCCCUGAUCCCAAGAGCUCCAGGACGGUUUAGGUUACUAGCAGAUUCAGUGCAUCCUUCCUACCUCCUUUUCUUCCCCAUCCUUCCCUUCAUUUGAAUGUUCCAGGUUUUCACAUGCAACCUAACUCAGGAUCUUAGGGAAGGGAAAGGGAGGGGUAACCAGGGUGUUCCAAAAUUUGUGUAGACAAACAUUGUUGGAGAAUCUGUUUACUGUCUUUGGUUCAUAUGAUGAUUUGCUGGUGUUUUUGAUGUGGGCAACUUCUUUGCAAAAGAACUUCUAAACAGUUUGGUUUUUUGUUUUGUUUUGUUUUUUAAUUGUUUAGCUUUCUGAGCUGAUACUUCUCAUUUUCCAAUUCAGCAGGCAACCUAGAUCAUAUCUGAAACACUGGGUAAGUCUUUCAACCACAUAGUGUGUAAAGGUUUCUGUGAUGUGUACAUCCCUUAAUGCUCCACUUUGCAGUUCACUUGCCACUUUUGAUAUCGAUAACUUGUCUUUUUGUAAUAGAAUAAUCUAGCCUUGUUUAAAAAAAAAACCAAAUGUUGAAAAUCUUAACAGUUUAGUCUCAAUUUACUCAUCUGUGGUAACUGUGUUGUAUUUUAUUUGCCUGUUGGAUUGUUAUGCAAGGGCAGAUUAAAUUGUACAAUGCUGGCCUAAUGCAAGAGAGGAAAUAGGUGAGCUUGUACAGGUUUAAGGCUGAUGUUUAGAAGUGACUGUUACCAAAUCAGCUUAUGCAGGCCUGUAAGCAAGGGGUUAAUCAGUGGAGUUUGGCCCAUGAACUUUUGCAGAUUUCGCUGGAGUAGUUCAAGAAUUACUGCCCCUACAGCAGGGUUUGUGAAUAGAAGUGUGACAAUGCCUCACAGCUUUAGUACUAAAUCCAUUGAUUUAACUUAAAUUUGUGGGAGCUGAUUUUAAGAUACUUCACCGGACUUUGCAUAGAAGCAACUGAGAAGAUUUUACGUACUCCAUCCCACUGACUUUGCUGUAGGGAUUUAACAAGCAGCUGAAGGAUGGUAGCAUGUCAGACCAUCACAGCUCUGUCAAAACCCUCUUGUUGUCUGUCAACAAAUACGGACAAUUUGUAGGGAGAAAUACCAGGAUUGUUAUUUCUGUUGGAAUAUGAACUAAAUAGUUUAAUGUGUGGCAGCAUGCAACAAAGUUAGAUGCAAGAACAAACUUCUUGCAGUCUUUCUUUUUCUAAGCAAAAUUGAUAUUGCACUUAGAACUUUUGGCUGACGUACAAGCUGUAUAGUUUACUAAAAACAUUCCACUCAAAGACAAUGUCAAAACAGCUUAGUGUCUGGACAGCUUAACUUGUGAAUGCCAGCCGUGAUUCUGUAUGUGAUGCACUAUAUCUCCAUAUGCUCUGUUUGCAUGGUGAGUGACGGGCACUGUGAACAGCACCAGUUUGCUCUAACUUUUGCUAUGCCAAUUCUAUGGAAUUUUUAAGUAGUUGGGGUUUUUUUUUAGCCUUGACUUUAAGUGGACCAAUUGCAUUGCACAUGGUUUUUAACUGACAAGUCUAACUCUCCAUUGUAUCACAUGUAGGUGUGCGGAAGAAUUGCAUUAUUGACUCUGGCUGUAAUUUAGCCCACUAACCUGUGGAUCGCUUAACAAAUUCCUUGUGGCCCUUGACUGCCGUAGCUUGCUGGGUGUUCAUAAAAUGAUCCUAUAAACAAAAGCCUGGGAAUUCUUUCAGUGUGUUUAUAGUGGCUAGUUAAAUGUCAGUAAGAUCCUAGUGUGUAUUCAGUAAGUAUUAGAAGGCUGACUUCUGGCCUUCCUAAUGUAAAAGAACAUCAGGUGGAGUUUUUCCUCCUCCUUAUGACAAUCAUACCUCUAUACCUGUACUGAAUACAUGCCACAAAAUGCAUGUUUCAUGUCCUGUCUUUUUGCUCAAAGUAUUAGUGGAGUAGGACACAUCCUGCCUAGCACUCGGCGGUCAUUGUAGUGAUUUCUAGGUGCCAUAUGUGUACAUAAUAUUUUACAACUACCUGAAUAUUCUGUUAGUAUGCUGGGUUUGUACGUAUUUUUAAUAAGACUCUCUUGCACAUAGUAGGAUACCACUCCAGAAAUGAAGAAAACAUGCCAACUUUUUAGCAUGCAUUAUGAAUAACUAUGCCAAGCAUUCUGCUAUACUAUUUCAAUAUAAUUUUUCUCCAUUACACUAAAUGUUAAAAUCAGAACUAUUGGCUCAACUUGUGUGUCACGGAAUAGACUGAUAGCUACUGACAAACUGAGUCACAAAAAAUUGCAACUUUUUAGGUUAUUUUUAACACAACCUUGUAAUAGUCCGUUGUAACAUUCAACGGGCUUAAAAAAGCAAGCUUAAAAUAAGUGGUUUAUGGCUUAGAUUUAUUUUCAGCCAUGUCCACAUUAUGUUAGGCUAUAAAUCAUCUCUCUAAUCUGACAGUCCUGAGUGGAAGUCUGAUAAAACAGGUGCUCCUGAGGAUCUAAUCCUAUUACUAAUAUGAAUGUAAAGUGUGGAACUAACGAGAUGUUUGAAGACCAUUAAUAGUCAGAUACUCCUCAUAGGUCCAUGUCUCUGUGGAUCACGGCAGCUGUACUCUCCUGUUGAUAUUAAUGUAGACUUCAACAGAUUGCUUGGGGAAGCAGCACUCCUGUACUUACUUCCAGUAAGGUAAAGUAGUAUGUGUGUAUAGGCCGUUUGAAACAAAUCCUACUGUAAUGUUCUUUACCUUAAAUACACUGUACUAAAGUUUAUUGUAAUAAGUGAAUUAAUGAAAAUAAACCUUUUAUUUCUCUA